GAUAUUGAACUUGGGUACCCUACAAGAUGCCGCCUAGAUUCACGUCGUUCAAGACCGUAUGGAAUAGUGUCAUGAAAAAUGAUAUUGAGAACACGAUAUCGCCUGAUAGACCGGUAUUGCCAAAGCGCAACCCGCUGUCGUUCAUCUCCUCGCGUUCAAACAUAUCAAGCGUGGCUGACCUGCUACGCCCUAUCCAGCAACGAGCAGAGCAGAAACCAAUAGUCCGUGACCCAAAGCCAGGAAAUAUAUCAACUGAAGUCACGAACACUGACCUUGAAAGGGCACUAUCCAGCUCAGUGAUAGCAGAAUUGGAUAUAUGUGAUCUCAAUUCCAGCGUGUCAAACUCAGACAAUGGAUCUCUACUGGGUAACGGUUCACACCGUAUCUCCUCAGUUGGUCACAUGGCUGGUGGAGUACCUGAAGAAAUACCCACUGAAGCGGUACGCAAAGAGGGGACAUCACUUUCUACCAUCCUGGCAAGCGCCCGGCCCGUUGAUACGCACUUGCCUACGUUAAAACAACCUUAUAUCGGGACCCACAGUGUAUCCUUGGAGAAACGUUUUAACCUACCUCUGACUAUCGCACCCAACCGAGAGCCCAAAACUGUUUUGACACUGACCACAGACCCGUUGCAUGGGAGCAAGUUAAGGUUCAUGAUAUUUACCGAUACCCACCUUGGACAUAAGGAAACAGAUCCUAUCCGUGAAAAUGAUUCGUUCAACGCGUUCCAAGAAGUGCUAUUCCUGGCCAAGUAUCUCCAGGUUGACGGGAUACUACACGCAGGCGACCUUUUUGACGACUCGCAUCCAUCCAGAUCUGUUAUUUACAGGACCAUGGAGUUACUGCGACGAUAUUGCCGAAAGUCAGAUUUGACGUCACCCCUGCCCCUGAACAUACGUCUGCCGAAAAGCUGUGCAGUGCGGAGUGAAACCAAGCGCCUGGAGGCAUUGAAGUUUAUUGACGGGACCAUAACAAAGGAAGCUCGUGUACCAUUCUUUGUUAUACACGGAAACCACGAUAACCCAACUACCAUGAACGGGCUAAGUCCAAUUGAUCUCCUGGAUGUCUCGGGUCUGGUUACCUUCUUUGGGACAGUUACUGACAUGACCAAGGUAGAGGUACACCCAAUAUGUAUCAGUAAGGGUGAUAUCCAUCUAGCGCUAUACGGAAUGGGUUGGGUAAAGGAAGAGUUCUUGUAUAAGGCAUUCGAGGAAAACAAGGUAGUAUUUGUACCGCCAGUGAAUACUGGCAUUAGCUACUACAAAGUGCUACUGUUCCAUGAAAACCGAUACCCGAGGCGCGGGGUGAAGGCCAAGGACUUCAUUCCAGAGGAGUUUCUGCCCGACUGGCUGGACCUGGUGAUUUGGGGGCAUGAACAUGAGUGCCUCAAGUUCCCAAUGUUGAGUGAGACCCGAGGGUUCAAGGUGCUCCAAAUGGGUUCCACUAUACAGACGUCGUUGGCCACUGGUGAAAUGGAGCCGAAGCACUGCUGCCUCAUGGAAAUUGGAGAUGAUGGAGUCAAGUUCUACCCUAUAUACCUGGAAACAGCACGGCAGCUGCAUUACUCCGAAAUAAGCCUGUGCGAUAUCGGGGUUUCGCCCAAAGGCGGUGAGAAGGAUAUCUUCAAAAAGCUGGUGUUCACCAUGGACAAUAUACUACGAAAUAUGCCCGAAAGGCCUCGGACGCCGUUGUGCAUCAGUGCGGUUGCCGACAUCGUAAUGCCAGACAAGGAGUGUGAACUCAGUGAGGCUAUUGAGUCCGCACAGGCCAUGCCGUUGGUACGCGUAAGGGUUGACCACAGCGGGUAUGACUCGAUUAACCCGCGUACUUUCGGUGCCCGUUAUGUGGACAGAGUCGCUAACCCUAACGAUCUAUUGCGGUUUUGGUUAAAGAAUCCAGUAAGACCCAUAAAGGCCAAGGAGUCGCCGCAGAGUACGCAUUUAGACAUCCGAAAUACUGUCUAUCCUCUAGUCGAGGAAGCAUGCCGUUUAAAGCUGUUCCUGGAAAGGGACCUGAACGGUGCAGUAGAAAGGUUUGCUGUAGGUAUGGAAAAUGGAGCUAUUACUGAUUAUAUCUCCAGGGCAGUACGGAGUAUGAAGGAGGCAGUGAUAAGUGACAUGGCGAUACACAUUGGUGACCACCUUUGUGAAGAGGUAUACAUUGGUCUAGUGGAACGUGCUAUCAUAGCGCGUACGCAAGCAGCGCGCACUGUGGGUGGUGGUAACAUAUCACCGGCAAUGAACCGCCAGAUGCCCGGGAGCUCCACGCCAAAGAAUACCUCACCAGUCAGUGCUACCACUAACCAACGGUUUGCCCAUGGUAAGCCCAAUGGAUACGACUAUAAUCCUAGAAACGAUCAGCAGAAUGUUAAAUUGGGUAUAAAUAUUCCCGAGUUGAACAUUAUCAACGAGAUACACUCAAUGGCUAAUGACCCUCGAAAGGACAUAAGAAAUGAGCCACGAGAUAUGCGAAAUAGCAGGUCAAAGAAUGAUAAAUUGGUUUCCAGCACUACGCAUGGCGAUCUACCGCUGGCUGGGUGUUUCAGAACGGGGCUGUCGCCUUAUAAUGGGAACCACGUACCUGAUUCCCAGGGCCCGUCAAGUAAUAAUACCGGAUCGACACAAAUGUUAUCGUCCACACAAAGCUCUAAAAGAAGUCGCUAUAUAGAAGAUUAUUUCGCGGAAUUACUGUUAGACGAAAAUGUAAAGCGUGCUUGUGUGGAGUAUUUGGAACGGACUGAGAAGAACAAUGUAGCCGUUAACCAAGGUGGAGCUGAGAUUGCCAACCCAGAGUACCUACAGCUAGAUGGUAUCCUGCGUAAUGAGGAACCAUUGAAAGUAUCUGAUUUUGAUGAUGGACCAAUGCAUGGCAUCGUUAAAAAUAUGAAUCAACAUGGUAGAAUGCAUACCGAUGGAGUUGAUAUAACAAGGACAACGCCACUCAACUCAAGUGCUGGGUACAAAAACGGGCUUGAAAUAUCACUAAACGGUGAAUUCGGGUUCCAGUCAAACCGGUGCUAUGCAGACACAUCGAAGUCAUCCCCUUCAAGUAGUCCGAAAUCAGGAUCACUUAGAGAUUCGCAAAGCGCGUCGCUCUCCCAGGGGUUCCGCACCACGCUGAUAUCUAUGUUUUUCAACAGCAAGGGGUAAUACUUAUAAAUAACACAUUAGUAAAC